CUUUAAUGGUCUUAAAAGACCGAAUAUGUGAUUCUUAAGGCUUGAAUUCUGUAAGGUAUCCACGCAGCACCCCUACGCCACACGUUGGUUCAAUCCACAUGCGGUGUGCAGCCUUGACUCAAGUGUAGUGUGUGUUUUAGAUGAAGACGCUUUCAGGUGGGCAGAACAGUUACACUCGACUGAAAAAAGCGAAUAAAUCCUGCACUUUUGCAGAAUGUUUGUAUCGCUGUUGUGAUUAUAGGAUGGAGGAUGUCUUCUCACACCUUCAAAUGUGUGUCCUGGGAACCCCUACAUUGCAGAAUGCUAUAAACGCAUGUUUAUCAAUGUGUGCAAUCAUAAUGCCAUAGUCAGUAUGGUAGCACUUUAAAACGCCUACCUUUUCAGUGACCAGCUUACAGAACUGUGAGCUAAAGGACAAUAAGCUCACAAGUUGUAGUGCCAAGAACACAUGACGCCUACGCAGAAAACAAACUCCUGCAAAUAUUUUACAUUUAAAGAACUUUUUAAAAUUUCUAAUAAGAAAACCAUUAUCCACUCUGGCAGUGACAUUUAUUUUCAACUUGUCCUCUAAUGAGGGCCAGAUAUCUAUUUGCAUACUGUCACAUGCUGCCAUGACUCAAUCCAAUGUUACAGUUCUCUCAGCUAAUAUCUCUGGAGGAUAUGAAUGGGGUAAUCUGUACCGUCCAUUUUCUGUGUUCAGUGUUCUCACGCUCACUUUGCUGGCCAUGCUAGUGGUGGCCACUUUUGUAUGGAACCUUCUGGUGUUGGUGACCAUCCUGAGGGUGCGCACCUUCCAUCGUGUGCCCCAUAAUCUGGUUGCCUCCAUGGCCAUCUCGGAUGUGAUGGUUGCAGGACUGGUAAUGCCCCUCAGUCUCGUUAGAGAGCUCUACGGUCGGCGUUGGAUUCUGGGUCGGGCACUAUGUCAGGUCUGGAUCUCCUGUGAUGUGCUCUGCUGCACAGCCAGUAUCUGGAACGUGACGGCCAUUGCCCUCGAUCGCUACUGGUCCAUCACUCGCCACCUGGAGUACACGCUGAAGACACGCAAACGAAUCUCUAAUGUGAUGAUUGGCCUCACAUGGCUGCUCUCCUCUGUUAUCUCGCUUUCGCCACUCUUCGGUUGGGGUGAGACCUACUCAGAAGACGGUCUGACUUGUCAAGUAAGCCAGGAGCCCUCCUACACAGUCUUCUCCACCUUUGGAGCCUUUUACCUGCCCCUCUGCGUGGUGCUCUUUGUCUACUGGAAGAUUUACAAGGCUGCCAAGUUCCGUAUUGGCUCUCGCAAGACCAACACCAUCACACCCAUGGCUGAGGUCAUAGAGGUAAAGGAGGCUGAACGACAACCACAGAUGGCCUUCACAGUCCGUCAUGCUACUGUAUCGUUCCAGACGGAUGGCGAGACGUGGCGAGAGCAGAAAGAGAGGAGAGCAGCUCUGAUGGUGGGCAUCCUGAUAGGUGUGUUUGUUCUCUGCUGGAUUCCCUUUUUCCUUGCUGAGCUCAUCAUUCCGCUCUGUUCAUGUGACAUCCCUCCUGUCUGGAAAAGUGUCUUCCUCUGGCUGGGUUACUCAAACUCCUUCUUUAACCCACUCAUCUACACAGCCUUUAACAAGAACUACAACAACGCGUUUAGAAACCUUUUUUCCAGACAGCGAUGAGGAACAGAAAGAAGAAAGACCAGAAUGAAGACCUUUGGGUUUUAUGAGUAGAAAGUGAGAAGAACAUCAAGAGAAGCCUUCUUCUCAGUUCAGACACAGAAGAACAAGCAAUUCACUCACUCUAACCAUUGUUAAAGGAGGAAGGGGGAUUUCCAGCGCACUUCGGAAACCCUGCAGGUGUAGUGUUGAGAUCUGUCUGUGUAUGACUGCUGCUGCUGCUGAUGUCUUCAUGGUUAGACAAGUUGGCACUAUCUGUUGAUUCAGCAGUACUGAUAUAAUGCACGUCUUCUAAACCAUCCAAGUGUCUGCUUUAGCAAGAUUGAACAAAUCAUUCAGACACUAAGCAAACUUUCUGUAGCUCUUGCAAUUUCUGUGAAACCAUAGAUUCGUUCCACUGUUUUAAUGGAUGUGAAACAUCAAAGCCCUUUUUCUUCUAAUUGUCAAUGAAGACACGAUGUAGGCAUUUGUACACUUCAUGAAAAUCUGGCUUAAUAUCCUUUCACUUCUUAAAAAUAUACUGGCUAAGGA